ACAUCGACUCACUAUAAUACCCGCUGUGUUGCAGCGCUGCGCAACGAUCCACCUCCGCGCCACUGGCGCGAAAAUCAACCAACCAAAUCAAUUGCAUCGCGUUUGUUCCUGUGCGCUGCUAUUGCAUCUGUCUUCUUAGAUAGUGAGAAACAACGCACGCGUGCACCGCCGGUCGACAUCGGCCCUGUUGUAAAGCGACCGUACCUCGACGAGAAGCGCUGAAAUUGGCAUCAUAGUCGCUCAUAACUGACACACACUAGGACGUUGCAAAGGGGCUGCCUACCUGCGUGAAAGUGACGCAAGCGGAGCGAGCCCUUCCGGUACCAAUUCAAUUGCAUUUUGGAGCUAGCAUAAAAUGAAGCUGGGCGCCAGGCCAGCCGGCUUAGCUCACUGCUGCCCGGCGCAGUGCGUCGUCACUUGCGGGAUGUCCCGAUGGACCCGCGCGAGUCUUCGCGCUGGCUCUCGACUGGACUCCUUCGUGGCUAGCGCCGUAAAGGAGGAGCGCAAGACAACCAGCGGCCGUAAGGGCGACGGCGGCGGCCGCUCCCCCUCCAGCACCACCAGCGGCCGCAAGACCGCCGCCAGCAGCACCCCCUCCACCCCCGGCGGCAGCCCACCCGGCACCGCCAGCAGCCGCCCGCCGCCGCCGCCGCGCUGGCCGCACCAGACCCUGGACAAGCAGCAAAAGCAGCAGCAGCGCCGCACCGGCGGCGCCAAGGGCGCCGCUGGCGGCGGAGCAGCCGGCGGCGGCGGCGGGUCGGGCUCUCAGCUGGGCGACCUGGUGCGGCGCAACCCGCUGCUGCGGCGGUUCUCUGACGGCACACUGCUGCUGGGUGACUGCGUCAUGAUCCUGGCCACUGAGAUCUGGGCUUCCUCCGAGCGCAUCGAGUGGGCCUCCUUCCCGGCCCUGGUGGGCGUGCUGCUGGGCACGUGGGUGGCGGCGGGCGCCUGGAACGGCGACUACAGCCCGGACGGCACGCGGGCGCACCAGGACGUGCCGUGGCAGCUGGCCAUGCUGGGGCCAACAUACGGAGCGGUGCUGGGCGCGGCACUGACCUGGUCGCUGGCCGCCACCGCCUCCGUGGCCGCCUACUCGGGCCUGGUGGCGGGCGGUCUGCUGGACCCGGUGCCGGUGGUGGAGGGCAUCAACAGCGAGGACAUGUCGCCGCAGCUGGAGGUGAUUGUGGCGCUGCUGAUCACCAUGACCUGUUGGCGCGGCAUCGCCUCCAAGCUGCGACCGCACCCGCCCAGCUGAGGAGGAGGAGGAGGCGGAGGCAGCGGCGAGCUGGGGAGGAGAGAAGCCGAGGCGGUCGGCGCCCCCGCAGCCGUGGCAGGCAGGAGCAGCAGCCGGCGCGGGGCAGCUGAGGAGCUGGGGAGGCGGCCAAGAGCAUGUGGAGGGGAGGGGCAGCCGAGCGGCAGCGGGGAGGCAAGCCGUGGGGCUGCCGCGCACAGGCGCACAUGCAUCGACAAGCAGCAACAGCAAGAGCGGAGGCAGACGCAGCAGCAAUAUCCGAAUGGAGGGCCGCAGGACUGCGUUGUAACAUUCGUUGUACGUUAGCAGUACUUAGUAUACCCGGUGGAGGGCGCGUUUGGUCAUCGCUGGUGCUGGGCGCGAUCGGAGGUUCGUGGUGCAAACAAUCCUAAACGGCAGAGAAGACUACAUAUUCAAUGAACUGAACAAGGUGUGGGUGGCCUUGGAUAUUUUGCAAGGUACGCUUGCACAGGCCACACGGUGUGCGGGCUGUGUGGUUCUUAGUGUGCUGCAUGCAUCCGGACGGGAGGUGGCAGCCUAGCGAACGGGCUGCCCAACACAUUUAAGAGGGCAUGAAUGAUCAUGCUCUCAAGUAUGGACGCUUUCGCCAGUGCCUUGAGUUGAGAAGGAGGAUGAAGACCGCGGUAAGGGAUGGUGUAUCAUUAGCGAAGCUCAGGAGCAGCAGGCACCGGGGGGCUGCGUCAUCGCGCGCAGGAGCAAACGAGGGCGCGGGGCACGCCGGAACGCCUUCUGGGGCCGAGGACACAGGAUGCGAGGAUGGAGAGCCCGGCGGCAGAGGCGUUGCGCUGCACCAUGCCGCCGCGCCCCCGGUGUGGUGGUGGUGGUGCUGUUAGUGGUGAUGGUGGUGGUGGUGGCGGUGGUGGUGGUGGUGGUGGUGGGUGCCCCGACAGGGCUGCCGUGAUGCGGAUCCACUGGGGCGAUGGCGGCAGGCGCGCAUGAAGGGGCCGCCAGGGACUUGCGGAGUUGCAGACCGGCAGCAGGUGUUGUGUGGCGCGCACGCGAGUGUUGGGUGUUGCUGUGCGCGUGUUGGGGUUCCGGGCAGGGUCGGCCCAGCGAUCGGCCUGCCUAGGCUGAGUAUGGCGCCGUGGGAGGAAGCGGCGCCGGAGCCGGAGCCGUGCUGUUGCCACCGCCUUGCCCAGCGAUGCCCCUGGCCUGUCCAGUAUUUGUAUCGGAGUCAUGUUGUAUGGUAGGUGGAGUGUACGGCAUGACAGCACGUGGCGGCGUGCACCGGGCGAGUGCAACUGCAUAAUAAAGAUGCUGGCGUGGUGAAGUGAUUGGCGCAAGGCCCGAGGACGCUGGUCCUCCACUCCUCCAUGCAUCCCACGAUGCCCUGUGCAACCACACGCGUAUCACAGCGCCCCAUG